AGUACAUUUAAUCCUGAAGGUAAAGUUUAUGGCCCGACCGCAGGGAGGGCCAUAAUUUACCUGAAGGAUUAAAUGUACUUCAGUCGCAAGGUAUAUACGAUACUUUUCGUACUUCCGGUAUGAUUUUAUUAAUUAUUUCAAUAAUUUCAAUCAGUUUUUUCUCUCUUCAACUCAUUUAAUAAACUGUCUUUAAAAUAAGUUACCAUAGUAACAUUGCGUUGUGACAAUUAUAAUUUAGAAACAUUGUCAUUACUAGUGUCAUUGUAAAGAAACAUUGUUAUUGAUAAUUAUUGGUAUCAUGAGUGAAGAAGGUGUAUCUGAUAUUGAUAAAAGAGCAGCCGAAGUAGGUGAAGAAUUGUUACCACCGAAAUCUAGAAAACUAUACGAGCAGCAGUACGAUGCUUUUAAAAAGUGGUGCCGCUUAAAAAAUGUGAGACAACCUACUGAAAAUGCGCUGUUAGUCUACUUCAAUGAUAAAUCAAAAGCGGUUUGUGCCUCAACUCUCUGGGCACAUUACUCAAUGCUGAAAUCGGUUAUUAACAUUAGAGAAGAUAUUGAUAUAAGUAAAUUUCCAAAAUUAUUAGCUUUUUUGAAGAGAAGAAAUGAGGGAUUUAAGCCAAAGAAGUCAAGAAUUCUCACGUCUGAGCAGGUAGAUCAGUUCUUACGGGAGGCUCCGGAUGAUAAAUAUUUAAUGCUUAAGGUUGCACUUAUUUUGGGCGUUGCGGGAGCUUGUCGUGGAAAAGAGUUGGUUGAUUUAGAAAUCGACGAUGUGAGAGAUUUGGGCGAUUCCUUCCUAAUUGCGAUUAGAAACACCAAAAAUAAAAUUGACCGAAAUUUUGUGAUCAAAAAUUCAGAAAACAGUGCCAUCAGUUUUGUGGCGAUAUUUCGAAAAUAUGUGGCAUUGCGAAAGACAGGGAUACCUCAUUCAAAAUUUUUUGUUCAAUACAUCAACAAAGAAUUUACUACGCGAGUAGUAGGAAAAAACAUGUUUGGUACAUUUCCACGGCAAAUAGCAGCUUUCUUGAAAUUAGAAAAUGCGACGUCUUAUACGGGACAUUGUUUUAGACGCACAUCUGCGUCUUUGUUAGCUGAUUCGGGAGCAACAAUAGACGUGCUGAAGAGACAUGGAGGAUGGAAAUCCUCCAACGUGGCCGAGGGAUAUAUUGAAUCGUCUAUUAAAAAUAAACAAAAAAUUUCAGAUAAAAUAUUUGGUCAAGUCGCCGAUUCGUCCACUAUAGUUAUGUCACAGUCCUCAUUCUCGCUUCCUGUUUCCGCAGGAUCUUCGAAACAAACACCAGUUCAAUAUGAAAAGAACCUAUCUGUCACUCGUCAGUUACCUGGUGCAUUAACCCAGGAAAGACUGGUCAAUAUGACGAACUGUCACAAUAUUAAUUUGAAUAUUAACGUUAAUUACCAUUCUAAUUAAUUAUAUUUUUCAAUAAAAUAUCCCUUAAAUUCGUUUGUUUGUGAUUCAAUCGUUCCGGGAGUUUCGUCAAUAUUUAAUCCCGGAGGGAUUUCAUUGAACAAAUUAGCUGUACGGUUACCGCACUCAUCAUUCUUAAAAAAAAAUUGUUAUUAUUUCAACUCUUUCCGCGAUCGUAUACACCAUUAUUGAGGAAAGAAUUCAGCAGCUUUAAUCAAGUAAUUCACUCCAAUGUCGUUCAAUCAACGAUCUGUUUGACACUGACGUCCACACUUGCGAUUUGGCGAAAAAAAUUACCUUAUACAUGUUUUUGUUGUACGUGCAUUUGAGUCGAAUUCGAGAAAACGUCUUUUUAUCGAUUCUCACGAAACCUUAACAUUUUUUCGAUCAAGUAAUCGAGGAUGAAAUAAAAAUUUGAAACGGACUUGCAUGCUAUUUGUUGGUAAACAGUUAGAUCAUUUCAUUCCUUGACAAUGAUAAUUAUCUUUAAACAGUUGCAAUGUUAGAUCUUAUUUUUAUUGAGUGAAUAAAAAGUUAUUUCCCAACUUCAAGUUCCUCUAUCUCGAAAACGAAUCGAUAGAAUUUAUUUA